AUGGCAGAAGGGGAGCUUAUUGCCGUAGAGGCAAUGACUCUACAACGAAUGCCCCAGCAGCCCGCAAUCAUCGGCUCCAUAGACGAUUGGACUGGGAUCAAUAACUCCGUGGAUAGAAGGAAAGUGCAGAACCGUCUCAAUCAAAGAGCCUACAGGAGGCGAAAGCGCAGUGACAAUUUGAAUACACAGGUUGCUUCAGGCAAUCCACAAGCCAAGUCACAGACCAUGUCUAUAUGGCAGGUAUUCUAUACGGCGCUUGGGUCUCAAACACCCCACCCGCCUGAUCGCACCAAGCUGAUAGCUGUGGCCGACCGGGCGCCUUUCGGCCACCAUGACAUCGAGCGGACGAUGUCUGAUUUUAAGGAUUGGAUGCAAACACGAUCGAUGGGUUCUCCUAGCACCGAUAACCUGUUUGUACUAGUGAAAUUCAAUGUCUUUAGGGCACUGGUUAGCAACUGCAAAGAUUUGGGUAUCGCGGUUCAGGACACCUUGGUUGACGACAGUUUCUCCCCAUUUCCCAACUCUUCUAAUUCAUCACUGGAUCUGAUACAUGUUCCCAAUGCUCUGUGGCCGACAAACCUCCAGAAACAGAUCCCUCACCAUCCCUGGAUCGACACUCUACCAAUCUCCAAGAUGAGGGAUAAUCUCUUAGAGGCAGAUGAGGCAUAUGACGGAGAUAGCCUUUGUACUGCCCUGGUCGGGCAUGGUAAUGAUGCUACUACUGACACGGGAAUGAUAAUCUGGGGUGAACCAUGGGAUCCUGACGGCUGGGAGGUGACAAAGCCAUUUCUGCAGCACUGGGGCUGGGUCCUCAAAGGAUGCCAUGAACUAGCAGCUGCAACCAACUCGUGGCGUCAGCGGCGUGGCGAGAGGCCGUUGGAUUUUGAAGGCUACGUGUAG